CCACAUCCCCAGCUCCUGCCAACCCACCAGCAGUGCAGCACUUCCUUUUGCCUCCACGAAAUUUUCCAUCUUCUAUUCAAUAUACAUAAUUUUGUUGGGAAAGUUUUGUUUUUCUCACCUACCAAACAGGAAAAAAAAAUUUGCAAUGGAGGCAUUGAAGAUGAGAGUAUUUUUGGCUAUUGUGGUUGUUCUCAUGGCUGUUUGUACUGUUCAGAAUGUGGGAGCUCAGGAAGCCCCAGCUCCUAGCCCUGCCUCUGAUGCUACCGUAUUUGUACCUACUGUUUUCGCAUCUCUUGCAGCUCUUGCUUUUGGGCUUCUCUUCUAAAUGGGUUUUGAAUUUUUUUUUCGAAUCUUUCUUUGGGUUCUUGAAAUGGGUAUAUUCUGAGUUCUUUGCUCUCGUUAGGCUCUUUGUUGUCCACAAUUAGAUUUGGGUCUUCUUUGAUAUUGGCUAAUAUUGGGAUUGUAAAUUUGUAAUUGUGGACAGAAAGAGGUUGAGGGACUUUUGCUUUAUGAUUUUUCAUUUCUCAUCAUGUUUAUUAUGACCAUUUAAUUAUUUGUAUAAUUGAUGUGAUUUGCUUA